CUACCCUGAUUCCUUAACCUUUUAAUUGAUUUUUGGACAUAUUAUUCAUUCUUUAAUUCUCUACUUGUAAAUGUCACUGUCAAUUUUCUUUCGUUUUUAGAGAGAGAAAAUCACUGCAAAUAAUCAGAGUCGGCGACCCUUUUGUUUUUCUUUCUCUCUCUUUCCCUCGUAAUUUUAUUUUUGAGACAAACUCAAGAGUUUCAACCUGGUUGCUGUCGACUACUUUGAUCAGAAUUUGAAGAAAGUCUAAGUUUUUCCUUGAACUAGUGCAAGACAAGAAUCUGAAGUGGGCUUUAUUUGUAAAUGGCAAUUCAGUCAUUGGUGCUGGCACGCUACUACUAAAAACCAGCUACAAUGAAGAAGGCCCUUGGUCAAACUGUUAGGGAUCUUAAAAGAGAAGUAAAUAAGAAAGUGUUGAAAGUUCCUGGGAUAGAACAGAAGAUUCUUGAUGCUACCAGCAAUGAAGCCUGGGGUCCUCAUGGAGCACUUCUUGCAGAAAUUGCUCUGGCAACCAAAAACUAUCAUGAAUACCAGAUGAUCAUGGCAGUUAUCUGGAAGCGGAUUAAUGACACUGGCAAGAAUUGGCGGCAUGUCUACAAGGCUUUGAUAGUACUAGAGUACUUGGUGGCUCAUGGGUCAGAGCGAGUCAUAGAGGAGAUUAGAGAACAUGCCCAUCAAAUAUCAACAUUGUCCAAUUUUCAAUACAUUGAUUCCAGUGGAAGAGACCAGGGAAACAACGUCAGGAAGAAAUCACAGAGUCUCGUUCUCCUUGUGAAUGAUAAAGAAAAAAUCACAGAGGUUAGAGAGAAGGCUGCUUCUAACAGGGACAAGUUUCGCAACAAUUCAACAGAUGGAAUGUAUAGGCCGGGUUCAUAUUCAAGCAGUGGAGCUUAUGGUGAUAGAUAUGAUGAUGAUCGUUAUGGAAGCAAGGAGGAAGAUAGAAGUGGUUAUGGUAAUGGCCAAGAAGGAGAAUGGCGCUAUAGAGAUGAUGAUCGGUAUAGUCGUGAUGGAGAUCGUUAUGGCAGAGGUUAUGAGGAACGCUAUAGCAGAGAUGGUUACAAGGAUGAUGAAUACAGAGGAAGAAGUCAAAGUGUGGAUGAUUACCAAUAUGGUUCAAGAAGCAGGAGCUCUGAUAGAGAUCAUGACCGUAGCUAUGAUGACGAUGGUCAACGCUCAUCUCGUGCUAAAGCUGAAGACCACUCACUGGAGAGAAGGCUAGAACAGAAACUUUCUGAGAAAAAUAUGGUUGCUCCUCCUAGUUAUGAAGAAGCUGUUUCUCAAAGCCCUCUACACAACGAAAGGGAUGGAGAAACUUCAGCAGCAUCUGCUCCAAGAGGCUCUUCUGCAAGCGAUAAUCCACACCAAACCUCUGCCCCUACAGGAUCUUCUCCUCUUGUAAGCGACAAUUCAACGGAAGCAACUGCUGCUGCCAGUACUGCUACAUCUGGAAACUGGGAAGUUGAGGCUUCUGAUGAAUUUGAUCCUCGUGGUCCUGGAUCAGCUGCCCCAGCUCCGGUUAAUAAUGUUGAAAUGGACUUAUUUGGCUCCCUGUCAGAGUCAUUCUCUUCAAAUGCAUUGGCUCUUGUGCCUUCUGCAUCAGAAACCACAAUCCCUCAAGACAAUGCAAACCUUGAGUCAACAGCAUCCUUUGCACCACUUCCAUCCGCAUCCAAUAAUUUCAAUCCGUUGUUUGAAGAUCCAUUCGGCGAUUCACCAUUUAAGGCCAUUCCCUCCACUGAAACUGCUCCAUCUCAACUCCAGACACAUCAGAGUCUUGAACCAUCGCAAUCAAGUGCUCCUAUUACAGAAACGGUCUCUAACUUUGGGUUUGGAGAUUCAUUUUCUGUUGUUCCCUACUCUACAUCUGGUGCAAGUGACACUAAGCCUUUAUCAUCCAACAUACAGUUUUUGCCUCAAGAUAUGUGUACUCCACCGCAGGAAACUGAUAUUCUUGCUGAUAUUCUUCCCCCUGCGCCAUUACCAGGGACGAGUUCACAGCAGAACUUUUCAGCUCCUGCUAAUGCUCAAUCUUCACCUGCCUUUUCAGCUUCAUCUGGGCAAAUGGCAUCGCAAUUUUUUUUUGUACCAACCGGCCAACUUACACAGCAAGGUUUCUCAGCUGCAACCAGUCAACCUAUACGACAAACCUUUUCAGUUCCCACUGGUCAACAUGCACAGCACCCCUUUCCAGUUCAUGCUGAUCAACCUGCACAGUUAAGUGGUCAUAUAUAUGGUGGAUUCCACUCUCAAUUUCAAAGUGGACCUAUGAACAGUGAAAACUUCCUGCCACAAGGAGCUACAGCUCCCCAAGCUCCAACAGUACAGCUGUCGCAGCAUGCAAACUAUUUUCCCCAGCAGUUUAACAGUGUUCAACAAGUAAAUGCUGUGUCUCAAUCGUCCAAGGAUAAGUUUGAGACAAAAUCCACAGUUUGGGCAGAUACACUAAGCAGGGGAUUGGUUAAUUUGAAUAUAUCUGGAUCUAAAAUAAAUCCAUUAGCAGAUAUUGGAAUUGACUUUGAUGCCAUAAAUAGGAAGGACAAGAGGAUGGAGAAGCCUACCACAACACCUGUAACAUCAACAGUAACCAUGGGUAAAGCUAUGGGAUCUGGCUCAGGUAUAGGCCGGGCUGGCGCGGGUGCUCUAAGACCGAUGGGAAUGGGCAUGGGAGGAGGCUAUGGAGGUAUAAAUGUACCCAUGGGUAUGGGGCCAGGAGUCCAGAUGCAACGACCUGUUGGGUCCAAUGUACCAAGUAAUUAUAACUACAUGAUCGGAACUAAUGGUUAUCCUCAACAGCCUUAUGGUGGUGGUGGUGGUGGCUAUCGAUGAGAUUCAGCAUUAUACCUAGAUAGUAAUGUAAUGUAUUAUUACUCAAUUGUUUUGUUACGAGUUGAGAGAGAUGCCAUGCCAAUACCACUGCCACUAGUGCUUACAUCAAUAGACGUAAUUUUCUGUAAAGUGACUCUGUGAUGUAUGCUUAUGCUUGUUCUAUAAUGUGCUAUUUCCAUUCUUUUUUGCGUCACAUUCUAUAGGUGCU